CAGAAGUUAGUUGAGUUUGCUACAAAUUUGCAAAAAUACCUAAAUCUGCCAAGGUGUAUUUUUAAGACAUUAAGCCAUUUUAUCCUCGUUGGCGCAACAAAACGCGGCUAAAAUCUCCUAAAUCCAAAAAUCUUAACGACAGAAAUUCUAACACCCAGCGGAACUCUUUGACGGGGCCAGAACGAAGCAAGCUGAUCACCCGGUCAUACAUUCGUUGUCUACAUUAGACAAAGUAACACAAAACGAGAUGCUUUUUACCGACUUAUCGAGUUAAGCCUGGUAAAGAGACGUGUUGUUUCGUGGGUAAUAGAUAUCUUGUCUAAUCCCAACAGCUCCGAUAAAGACUGCAAUUGAUAUCGUGACGUAAGCAAGGUAAUUAAAACUGUUUUCUCGUCAGCUCCGGGCAGAGUUGAUCGUGAGAAGCGCAGCCUGGUGUACUACGAACGCUCAGAAGCAGAUAGCAGACUUAAAGAUAAGGGACACGGCAGAGUAAUCGUAAGAAAGCAUCAGCUGAAACCUUUGUGUUGACAGAGACACAAAUGCUCUUUGUGGAAAGAGCGAUGAUUAAUUGACGAAAGUAAUUGAAUGAAAUUGGACCAAAGCGUCGAGGCGUCGCCCCUGAGAACUGAAAAACAGCCAACGACCAGUAAAAGAUUGACUUGAUUUAUACUCUGCGACAGCGCACACGACUGACAAAACACUCAUAAUAUACUCGAGAAGAUCUUCAGUGUAAAAUCACUUCUAUUUAAGCCUGCAGUUACGUCGUCUGGUGCUGAAUAGCAUUGCGAAACCAAACAAACAUUACUCUCUUUUUUAAGACAAAAAGCAGCAAACCACUCCUUGGGGCAUACUUGGAUCACAAGAAAAAACCUUUAAACUCAUCUGUUACGGAGGAUUUUAAUUGGUGAAUUUCAUAACAAGCGUUUCUUAAGCACUUAGAAAAAAGACGUUCAAUAUAUACGCAGCACUUAGAAUAGCGUUGGAGGAAACUUUUCAAGACUCUUUGAGAUUGCAUUAUCUGGAGUGAGGUGCUAGCUGCGUGAAGAGAAUCACUGAAGCGUUUAACGCACGGAGUUCUAUUCACAGUAAACGCCCUUCGAAAUGGCCGCACUCAAAUGGCUUCUGGUGAUAUUGAUCGCAAAUAGAACGCUUGCUCAGGGAACUGCAAAGGACACGACGAUAAUGUGUAAAAGCGGGAAUUCGUGCGAGAAUCGUUGCGUUGACUACCUCGUGACGGAGGGAGGAAAGACGCCGCCGAAAUGCCACUGCGAUCCUUACUGCACUAUGCUUAACGAUUGCUGCGCCGACUACGACCAGCAAUGCAGAUCGGGAAACGAAACGAAUCCGAGAGUAGAACCGGGAAAGAUGCAGCCGACAGCGUGGAGGUGCUAUCGCUACACAAGCGCUGAAGAGAACCCGGGAAUAUGGAUGAAGGCGAGCUGCCCCGACAGCUAUCGUGAUAACGACACGCGGGCAAAGUGCGAAGAGGCGGGAGAGAGAGCUGUGACGUCACUUGCCCCAGAUCUCCUCCUCAGCGUUCCCACAGUGUACUGCCACGGCAACCCGGGCGAAGAUUGCGUGACGUUCCGAAAUGUGUAUUGUGCGCAGUGUAACGGCGUCACAAAUCCCAGCUUCUGGAAGAUCACGUGGAAGUGUGACUUUAAACCGCCGGAUAGCUACAACCAAACGGAAAAGAUCGACUUCCUGAUUAAAUACUGCAAAGACUUUCGACUCAAACCACGUGAGCAGGCUCCCUUUCGUCGCUACUGCUAUAACGUGACGUCAGAGUGUAGCCAUGACAACAUCGACAGCGCGGCGGAGAGCGCAUGCGUAAAUGGUUCUGUGGGCUUGGUGUAUGAUAAGAGCACCAAUCAGGAGUAUAGGAACUUUCACUGUCUCUUGUGUAACGGGGGCGACCGCGGUGAUAUCCAGUGCGGACCACGCAGUACCUCAGACGAUGUGUUCAAUCCAAAGUCCUUUGAGAUUCUCCUCCAGUUUGCAAUAUCGCCUUGGGGGCCCAAGAAGACCAGCGUUCAGGAUUUCCCCAUGACGCCGUCCUGCAAAAACGGCAAGGUAUACGACGUUUCUUUAGAGGAGUGCCGCAGCGCUUCUCACUUGGACCCCCGGCAAUCUAUCGUGGACAAAUUUCGCUUUAAAUUAUGGAUGGAUGGCAGCUCACGUAAUCGAUCGUUAGAUCUUGGUCUAUUCCGAGAUGCCAUGGUUAAGAACUUUCGGAUAUCGAGCAAAAGUAUCGAAAUAGUUUCCUGGAACUUCGAGGAAUGGUCAAUUGCAGUGGUGUUCGAUGUUAGUGCCGUGAACAACUCUAAGAAUGGUACAAGUCUAAAAAAAAGUCCCCUCUUCCAGUUUCACGAGCCAUUUGAUUUAAGAAUUGGUAACACGACAUGGCGAGUGUUCAAGAUUACCCAUCGACUGAUGGCGUGCACAAGCCCCGAGGUAUACCCCCCUGGCCAGUACACCAUCUCAGGCCGGAAUGUCACAUUGACUGGAAUCAAUGGUAACAAGACGGCUGAUAUCGAGCAGGUACAGCUACUAACAAGGAACAACAGCGAGCUUGGAAUCACGGCGGGAUCUUUAUUCGUAUGCUGGUCAUUCUUCGCGUCCGUUUGCCAUAAAGACCAGAUCUUGCUUGGUCUUGAGCUGACUGACUAUAAGCUUUACGCUAAUGGCACACUGCUGUUCAAGGCAUCGGGGGUGAUGUAUAGCACGGGGGAGUACGAUAUUCACGGAACCAUAGCCUGGGUUUGCACUAAUUAUACAGAGCAGAACACACGUAAAGCGACUACGAACCACAAAGAGAGUACUACUGACCCUGUGCUCUGGUACUUCACGGUCUGCGGUUUGCCGGUGUCAAUCAUAUGCAUUGCGUUUCUCCUGGCAACGUAUGUCAUAUUCAAGGAGCUGCACACGCUUCCGGGGAAGAAUCUGAUGAGCUUGUGCGCAUCGCUUGGUCUUUCCCAAUUCUUCUGGCUGCUGGCAUCCGGCGAGACGUCGCACCCCAUGUUCUGCCACGUGUCCGCCAUGAUUUUGCAGUAUCUGUUCCUAGUGACAUUCACUUGUAUGUCCGUCAUCGCGUACGAUACGCGCCGUGCAUUCCCGCAACACCAGGCACCAAUCGCUCACAACACCUUUCCGUCAGCCAGCAAUCUACGCCUACUCUGCUACCUCGCCUUCGCGUGGGGACUACCACUGGCCUAUGUCCUUCUCUGCGUUAUCCUUGACAACGUUGACAUCGUUGCUAUUGGAUACGGCAAUUCAUUCAACUGCUGGUUGUCAAAUCCCACAGAAGAGAUGAUCUUCUUCGGCGUCCCUGUCACGGUGUCGUUGCUGUUCAAUCUCGGUGCAUUUGUGCGUACCGUGAGAGCCAUACGCUCCACUAAGAAGGGCUCUCAGCGUCUCUCCAAACACUCCGGGAACCAAGCCGACGAGGUGAAAAUCUACUUUCGGUUGCUAACCCUAAUGGGAUUCACGUGGUUCUUCGGUCUUGGCGCCAACCUGAUCCACCCCUACCUCAGGUACCCAUUUGUGAUCCUUACCUCCCUCCACGGGGUAUACCUCGCCCUCGCCUUCGCCUUUAAGCCACACGUGUUCAAGCUAUACAGGGAUAAACUGGAUAGUCUACACGUGGUCACGAGCAAGAAAAAUACCGUCAGUUUUGUGGAGUCGAACAGCGUACAGUCUGGAGGCGUGGAAUCCGUGCUUUGAACAUGUCGUCUCGAACUGUCCAUCCCGUAACUAAACCCUUGUUAAACACAUCUGCACUAGCAUGUUGACACCGAUAGCGCCGAGCCAUUGCUGUGAUCAAGUGUUCCAGAACUUACGUGAAUCACGUGAACUUAUACCUGUAUAUAGUGUGUAUAGUGUUACCCAUUUGAUGUUUAUGUGGUCCUUAUCUUCAAGGGCAAAUAAGUUUGGCGUCCGUUCUGUGAUCAAGUCUUCUCGAGCCCAUCAAUAAACAUCCGUGACUUGUAUACUAAAACAAAUUGGUCUACAAAUAGCGUGACAACCCCUGCCUUUCUUGAGUGAUCGAACACUAGCGUAGAAGUGUAAAAAUCAUUCAGUGAUCAAGUCUUCUGCGACUUUCCCUCAAGUGACCUGUCAGCCUUUUUUUGAAAACUGGCAAUAGGCUAAGGGCUCUAGGAUACGUGAGUGAUAAUUCUGUAUUGUUUGAUGGAGGUUUUAGCCUAGAAGAGAUUCAUAGAGACAAACACGAUCGCUAGCAUCGGGAUGUAAACAUAGCAAACAAUACAUAACCACCACCAAACUAUCAUAUUGCCUGUAAAAAGACCAAUAUUAUAUCUUUACCAUUGAGCUGGGAAAAAAAGAAAAAAAAGCAUGUAGGGAGAUGCAAAGUAGGCCGUUUUUCGAGAAAUAGAUGGGUGUUAACAUUUAUAAUCACAAUUUGUAAUCUUUUGGGUCAGUAUUCGGGUCGAGCCCUACAAGAAUAGAUGGGACUUUCAUGUAGAGGUUCUGACAAGGGGAAACUAUGUCAGUGCAUUAAAUGUUGGUUUAUCUUUCAGGUAUACAAUAUGAGAGGACAUGUAUUCAGGAUAUUUAAAGACUUUAUUUACACUAGAUUUUAUGUCAUUCAAAGGGUAUCCAAACUAAUAAUCGAUUUUCAACGUCCAACAAAUAAUGUAAUUUCUUAGGGAAACUGUUAUUGUAUUUUCUUUUAUUUGAAAGACGUCCCUUGAAGUUAGACAUAAAAAAGUCAAGCGUUUCGGUUCUCAGGCGAAAGGAUUGAAAAUAUAGCUAGGGAAUAUUUAGGGAAUAGUUUAGUUGACAAUCAAACGAGAUUUAUGUCAGAGGAACAUAAUCCCUGCUUUUCCUCUGAUAGAAAUAAAAAGUCACUUCCUCCAUG